AUGCAUCAACUCACACUCGCGCCACUGCUGGGCUUCCCAUUUAUGCUGCUAGCCGUACGUGCGGCGCCAGUCGGAGAAGUCCAAAUAUCCAGCACCUGUGCAUCCUACACGAUCAUCAACACACGAGGAACCAGCGAGCCCCAAGGAGAAUCUUCAGGUUUCAGAACAAUAAAUUCUGCCGUCACUUCUGAACUGUCAGGCGGCAAGAUAUACAACACAGUAUACGCCGCGGAUUGGUCACAGAACUCUGAGGCUGGCACGCAGGAUAUAAUCAACAAAAUCACCUCCACGCUACAAUCUUCCCCUGCGGAGUGUUUUUUUCUCGAAGGCUAUUCUCAAGGUGCAGCUGCAACGGUCAAUGCCCUCCCUAGCCUUACUGGUGCUCUUUUCAGCGCAGUCAAAGGUGUGUUUCUGAUCGGGAACCCCAAGCACAAAGCUGGUUUGGAGUGCAACGUUGAUCCAAACGGUGGCACUACGACUAAGUACGUGAAUGGGCUGCAAGCGGGUUUCGGUGAGACUAUUCCCGAUGACUGGAUCAGCAAGACUCUUGAUGUCUGUGCCUACGGAGAUGGAGUUUGUGACACAACUCACGGGGCUGGCAUAAAUGCCCAGCACCUUUCCUACCCUAGUGAUUCCAGUACUCAAAAGCUUGGGACGAACUUUGCUGUCCAACAACUUGGUGGCACUGCGUGA